CCACAGUCUCAGCUUCCAGAGUGGACACGCAGAAGGGGGUCAGAAGACCAUUCUUGUGAGGUCCACCUACAAGUCACCAUGUAUGAGGACUGCAUCAAGUCCACAGAAGACUAUUUUCUCUUCUGCGACAGCGAGGGAGUAUGGGGCAUUGUUCUGGAGUCCCUGGCAAUCCUUGGCAUAGUGGUUACAAUAAUGCUACUCUUGGCAUGUCUCUUUCUCAUGCGAAAGGUGCAAGACUGCAGCCAGUGGAAUGUCCUCCCCACCCAGUUCCUCUUUCUCCUCAGUGUGCUGGGGCUCUUUGGACUUGCUUUUGCCUUCAUCAUCCAGCUCAAUGAACAAACCGCCCCCGUGCGCUACUUUCUCUUUGGGGUUCUCUUUGCGCUCUGCUUCUCAUGCCUCUUGGCUCAUGCCUCCAACCUGGUGAAGCUGGUCCGGGGUCGAGUCUCCUUCUGUUGGACAACAAUUCUGUGCAUUGCUAUCGGGUGCAGUCUGUUGCAAAUAAUUAUUGCCAUUGAGUAUGUGACCCUCAUCAUGACCAGGGGUAUGAGGUUUGUGAACAUGACACCCUGCCAGCUCAAUGUGGACUUUGUCGUACUCCUGGUCUAUGUCCUCUUCCUGAUGGCCCUCACGUUCUUCGUCUCCAAAGCCACCUUCUGUGGCCCAUGUGAGAACUGGAAGCAGCAUGGAAGGCUCAUCUUCAUCACUGUGCUCUUCUCCAUCAUUAUCUGGAUGGUGUGGAUCUCCAUGCUGCUGAGAGGCAACCCACAGUUCCAGCGCCAGCCCCAGUGGGACGACCCGGUCAUCUGCAUUGCCCUGGUCACCAAUGCAUGGGUUUUCCUGCUGCUAUACAUCAUUCCUGAGCUCUGCAUUCUCUACAGAUCGUGUAGGCAGGACUGCCCUCUACAAGACAACGCCCGCCCCAUCCCAGCCUACCAACGCAGCUUCUGCGUGGAGAACCAGCAGUCCUCAAGAGCCCGAGACAGUGAUGGAGCUGAGGAGGAUGUAGCAUUAACUUCCUAUGGUACUCCCAUUCAGCCGCAGACGGUUGAUCCCACACAAGAGUGUUUCAUCCCACGGGCUAAACUGAGCCCCCAGCAAGAUGCAGGCGUAUAA